UGAGUAAACAACGAUUCAUGUUAAAAUUUAAAAAAUUUCAUUUGUAUUCCAAUGUAAUUUGUUUCCAACCCAUAGACAUUAUUGUGUAGUUAAAUUUAAUUAUAUAUGAAUGGCUUUAUGUAUUUUUAGUUGAGCUUGUAUUAAUAUUCAUAAAAGUUUAAGUCACAAAUAAUUUCGACAGUUAUAAUGUAAUGUAAUCAGAAUACAUCGGCUUAAAUAAAAAACAAUUUUAUUUAAAUGGAUUCAAAUACCAAAAUUGAUGAUGUAAAAAGCACUUUUUUCGAAAACGACAAAUCAAAAUUAUUUGAAAAAAUUGUUUAUUACACAAGUGGUUCUAUUGGAGAUGAUGUCUCACUUAUCCUUAAAAAUAGCAAUGCAGAAUCUACUUGUUUACUCUCUGAUUCUGUUACUCAUUGCAUUGUAGGUGAAAAUUUUGUUGAAGAUGAUGUUAAUACUGCUAGGGAACUAUAUGAUGCGAUAACAGUUACUCCAGAUUGGAUUCGUAUGUCUGUUAUUUGCAACAAUCUGAUUCCAACAAAACCAUUUAAUCCAUUUGAAGAAAAUAUCUUUAAACACAUUGUAGUUUGUGUGUCUCAAGUUACAGCUAAUGAUUGUAAAACUCUUUGGGCAUUAGUGACUUAUAAUGGUGGUAAAUUUAGGCUAACAUUAGAUGUUAAUAAAACUACCCAUUUAGUUGUGACCAAACCAUCAGGAGCCAAAUAUAAUCUUGCAUCAUUAUGUGGUUCAGAUAAAAUAAAAAUUGUUACUCCAGAUUGGAUAAUUGACAGUAUUAAAAAUAAGGGGCUAUGCACAGAAAAUACCUAUCAUCCAAGAUUACUUAUAACACCAAAAGCACCAACUUCUACAAACAAUCUAACUUUUAAAAUGCCAACUAGCGGUUUAUCUAAAAUUACUGGUUUUGCAGAUUUCGAUAUACCAGUAGAACAACCAGAAACUGUUGUCACAAAAAAUCAGGGAUUGGAACAGUUAAAACAGCGUUUGCCAUGGAAUCAACCAUCAGCUACGCCUACUACUCAGGUAUCACAUGGAACUCAACAGUCUAUUAAUAGUGGACAACAAAAACCUGUGAUGUCACUGAUAUCCACACCUCAACUUCAACGUUUGUCUCAACAACAAGUUCAACAGCUUCAAUCCCAACAACAGACCCAUAUUAAUAACCAAAUUUUGUCACAGCAACAAAUGCAUUUACCACAGCAACAAAAUCAAUUUCAACAACAGCAAAUUCGGGCACAGCAAAUGCAAGCUAAACAAAUACAGUUACAACAAGGUCAACAAUUACAGUUCCAGCAGAAUCCACCGCAACAACAGCAAAAUCAACAAAAUCUUAUUCAAAUAAUGCACAAAAACCAACAACAACAAACUCAACAAAAUUUACAUAUGCAACAAAAAAUUCAGCAAAUCCAACCAAAUCAACAGCAGUUACAAUCUGGUCAACAAUUACAAAAUGUUGUUCAAGUACAACCUGGUCAAUCACAACUGCAACAAGGCCAACCACAACUACAACAAGGCCAACCACAACUACAACAAGGCCAACCACAACUACAACAAGGCCAACCACAACUACAACAAGGUCAACCACAACUACAACAAGGUCAACCACAAUUGCAACAAGGGCAACCACAAUUGCUACAAGGUCAACCACAAUUGCAACAAAGUCAACAACAGCUUGUUUUACAACAACAAGCAGUUGCAUUGCAACAAGCUCAACAAUCAGUUCAAAUACAGCAAUCUAGUAUUCAGACUAUUCAGAGUCAACAAACUACUCAAAUAUCACAGUUACAGCAACAAAAUAUCCAAUUACAGUCGGGACAACAGCAACAGAUACCAAUCUCACAAAUUCAGCAACAAAAUAUUCAAGUUCAACAAGGACAACAACAAAGUCAAUUGUCAUCUCAAUUACAAAAGCAACAAGUUACGAAUCCAUUACAACAUCAACUACAAGGUCAACAAAUACAACAGUUACAAUUUCAAGGAGGAAAUAGUCAACCUUUGCAGUUUCAACAUCAAGUGGGACAAAAUACUCAAGUCCACAUUCAACAACAACAACCAACUCAGUUACAAAACAUCCAGUCUUCUCAACCAUCUCAAAUAUGUAUUGUAUCUAAUGGUCAACAAAUACAACAAACACCGACUAAUCCUCCAACACAACAACAGCAGUUACUUUUACAGCAACAGCAACAGCAGAGAUUAUUAUUUCAACAACGUAUAGUUCAACAAGGAGGUGGCACUGUGUCUACACAAUGGAGAAUGGCUCAUCCUUCAACAAAUAUGCCUCGUAUUUCUUUGAAUCAACAACAAUCGCAGCCAAUUCAACAACAACAACAAACUUUAGUCAUUGGACAACAAGCACAACAACAAACUGUUAGUAUGAAUAUAGCAAAUACACAACCUACAACUCAAGCUCAAUGGCCUCAACAACAAACAUUAACAGUUCAAAGGGCUAUUCAACAACCAUUAGAUCAACGACAAGUUAUAUGGUCUCAACAGUCUCCACAUGGCCCACAACAAAUGAUUCAUAUGGAUGCAAAAACACAUCAGCAAAUACAAGCAAUGAAUCCUGCUGAAAGAUUAGCUUUUAUCAAUAAGCUUACUAAACAGAGGAAUCUUGUAUUACAACAAUUCAAUGCACGUCAACAACAAGCUGCAGGAAUUGGUAACACAAACAUUAUUAGACCAAAUACACCUACUGGUCAAACAACUGUAAUUCGUACUUUAAAUCAUCAGCUUAUUUCAACUUCUGGAAUGACACCAGCCCAACAAGCUCAGUGGAAUCAGAUGCGCCAACAACAAUUGUUAGCACAACAACAACAACAACAGCAGCAGCAACAGCAACAACAAAUGACAGGAGUAACAGCAACUACUGGAAUAGCUAACAACGUUAAAGCUGUAAAUACAACAUUAGUGAACAAUCAACAAGUUAACCAACCACAAACCACUGUUUGGCAACAAACAAAUGUUACAGAACAAGGACAUCAACAAGCAGUUGGAAGUAUGUCUGCAGCUCAAUUAGCUCAAAUACACCAGCGACAACAACAAAUGCAACAAUUAAGACUACAACAACAAUUACAGAUGGAUACAACUCAAAAACAUCAAAUUAUGCAACAACAGGUUGUUACGGGUCAGCCGAUUGCUGGAGUCAUGCAACAAAAUAUUUUACAAUCUUCUCAAGUUGCUCCUGUUUCUACUCCAAUAGUUCAAACACAACAAGCUACAACCUUGUCAUCCAAUGACCAAACAGAAACUCCUCCAUCUGGACAAGAAACUUUUUCUCAAACAUCUCAAUCAAAUCAGCAAGCGUUGGUUGUUAAUCCAAAGACUAAAACUGCGCUUGCUAAUAUGUUAAGUAUACGCUUGCAAAAUGGCAUAUCAUCAUCAAGCUCGGCACAACAGCAGUUACCAACUCAAGAAGUUAGUGCAGCUGGACAGUUAAGGCUAAUGACAGCUCAACAUCAUGCAGCACAACAUCAAAAUCAAACUCAAGGAACUCAAUUCCAGUCAAGGUCAGUGUUGAAUAAUGUUACUAACAGUUCACCUUCAAAUCGUACUACACAAGUAGUAAACCGUGCUAAUGUUCCAACUCCAUUGGUUAAUAAAGCUAUACCCGUAAAUUACAAUCAAUCAGCUGCUGUAAGAGUAGCAGCGGUUUUAGCUAAAAGUGCUGCAGGUCAAACAAUUGGUCAUCAACAACAGCUUCCUCACCAAGCAAGAUUUUUUGGACAUAACCCUAAUCUAAAAUUGCCACCUGACAAAUGUUUACUUGGUUGUGUUUUUUUAAUUGUUGAAUAUGAUAGAUGUCCUGAUACAGUUAAUGAUGUGCCAACUUGGAAACAAAUAAUUAUUGAUCAUGGUGGAGAAAUUGAACCUUCCUAUACUCUACGUUUGACACAUAUACUUUGUCAAACGCAAAAACAUCCACUUGUUCAACAGGGCUUAAGAGAUGGUAAAAGAUGUAUUACAGCAUACUGGUUAAGUGAUGUAAUUACUAAACAACAACUUAUGCCUCCUUGGUAUGCUCUACAUUUUCCUACUCCAUAUUGUGAAGAAAGACCUUGUCGUCAAAUGAUGAUAUCUCUUACUAACUUUGAAGGAGAGGAACGUAACCGUGUUAAAUUCAUGAUAGAACUAACUGGUGCUCGAGUUACAUCAUAUUUCUCUGCUGAUAACAACAUCUUAGUGAGCAGAAAAUUGGAAGGUAAAAAAGUAAAAAAGGCCAGAGAAACCAAUCGACCUGUUGUUAAUGUUCAAUGGUUAAAUGAAAUUUUGUUUGGUCAUUUAUCUUGUAUGUAUCAACCUGAAAAUGCUAAAUAUCAACAAUUCAAUCUUAGUAAUCCAUUUAGGGUUGACUAUACUUUAGUUCUUCAUUUAAUGGGUGCGUGGAAAAUACCUGUGAAUGUUACUCAAGAACUAUAUGAUAGAAUUCGUAAUAAUCCUGUUCCUGUUAAACGUAAACGACCCAGACCUGGGGCUAGUCUUCCUGAUGUUACUGAUCAAGAAAAUGAUCUAAUUAUUGCUGACAUAAUAGUAACGAAUAUUAAUCCACCUCCUAUUGAACAAAGACCUUGUGUCAUGCUCUCAGGAUUUGGUUUGGCUAAAGAAGAACAAAGAAUGGUUUUACAACUAGGAGCAACAAUAGCUAAAAAAUUUUCUGAAGUUACUCAUUUAGUUAUGAAAGAGUCUGCCAGAACCACUAAAUUUUUGUGUUGUUUAUCAACAGUUAAACACAUAGUAACUGCUGACUGGUUAAAGGAUUCAUAUACACAACACAUGUUUUUAGGAGAAGCUAUUUAUACUGUUGAAGAAGUUUCUGUUGAUGAAAAAGUUGUUUGCAAAGUUCAUAAAAUAUUAUCUAAUCCAAAUCGUCAAGAAUUAUUUAAAGGAAAAAUAUUUUAUGUUACACCUGGAGUGAAUCAUCCUAAAGCCUUUGUUGUUCGUCAAAUUAUUGAAUCAGCUGGAGGUACAGUUGAAAAACAAAGACGAUCACUGCGAUCAAUUAUUGAACUUGACCUUAACACAUAUAUUGUAAUAGCUUGUACUAAUGAUCUCCACUUGGUUGCUGAUCUUAUACGAUCUAGUUAUGGUAUAUAUUCGUCUGAGUUUGUACUGUCAGCAGUUAUGACUCAAUACAUAAAUUAUGACAUGGCUUAUAGAAAGCCAAAAAAUAAGUCUGAAAAAUGAUCAGGAUACAUCCUGACAUAGUUUUAUUAAAUAACUUUUUUUUAUAUAAAUAUACAUCUCAUUGCUUCCCAAAUUGUAUGUUAUACUAAUCUAUUUUGUGUAGCCUAUUUAUAAUGUGUUUUUAUGUUAUAUUUAAUAAAUUUAUAGUUUCAUUUGUUUUCCCUAACUUAUUUUAUAUUUUUAAAUUUUCUACAUUAUAGAUAUAUUUAUAGUUAUAAUUUAAUUA